UACGGGUGGCCGUUGCUGGCGGAGAAUACGGGGGCGGUGGACAUCCACCUUCCCAUACUGGUGGUGGUCCAACAUGUCGCCGCCAUCGUGAGCGCGGCGGCGGCGGGGAUGGGCGCCGACUUCUUCGGCCGGAAAUACCCCCUGGUGGCGGCUGGGGCGCUGUUCUGCGUGGGCAACGUGUUCAAGUGCGGCGCCACCUCGUCGUACGGCCUUCUGCUGACUGGUCAGCUGUUCGCGGGCCUGGGCGCCGGAGUCGCGCUCACGGUCGCUCCGCUGUACAUCGCCGAGCAGGCUCCGGCGGCCCGUCGUGGACAGUACACGUCACUGCCGGAGCUCCGCCCAGCUAACGAUCUACCACAUGUACAGAUGUGGCAGAACAUUGGAGUGCUGGCGGGCUACUUGAUCCAGAACAAACUCGCACCGUUGUCGGACCACAUCGCACAGAGGUGGAUGUUCGCGAUUCCCAUCGUGCCAUCCAUUCUCCUAACGAUAGGAAUGUUAGCGAUGCCGGAAUCCCCGCACUGGCUCAUCAUAGCCAGGAUGAGGGUCAACGAGGCGAAGCGGAUCAUGGAGAGCGGCGAGAAAAGUGCGGAGGAGAUCGACCGCAUAGCGGUUCAGAUGGAGUACCUGGCAGACCACAUACCUUCGCUUCGCUUCAUGUGGAAGGACCUCGUGCGACAUCCACUGCGCCGCCUAGCCAUCUCCGUCGCGCUCGUACAAGCUCUUCGACAUCUCGGUGUGGACACCUACUUCGAGCUAGAGUAUUUGGUGACUUUAUACGUGGUUGAGGAGAAGCUGCUGGCCAAAGAGAACGGGACGGUUCUCCUGGUGAAGGCAAUCUGUGCCAUCGUCUCCGGUCGCUUUGCAGACAAAAUCGGGAGUAAGUUCUUGCUGUUGGCCAGUAGUGGAAUCACCAUUUUGUUUCUGCUCGUGUUUGGGUUCCCACUGAGCCACUUCCACGAUGGCUCCCCUCGAGAAGUCUACGCUGGCAGAACCAAAGUGCUCAACUUGGUGGCGUUCAGUGGGAUCAUGGGCUCGUUCCAGCUUGGGCUGGGGCCCAUGGCAUGGGUCUAUACCACUGAGGCAUUCUUGUACCGAGGUCGAGCCCAAGGAGUUAGCUUCGGGGUUGUUGUUGGCCAAAUCGUUGAAGUAAUAAUGUAUUUUGUUUUCCCUCUUUUGUUCUGCUCGCCGCUCUACAUUGCCGGCGCGUGUCUUAUACUUGCCGGCGUAAUGGUUCUGGGACUUGUGUUGUGCUGGCGAUAUGUUAAGGACAGAGUGGGGGAAAUUCUGUUGUAA